CAGUCUUUGAAAUGAAUCGGUGUUUUGUUUUUUUUAUUUUAUAUGAAAUUGUAGUGCGUUAAAAAUGUUUAUUUUCUUCAUCUCCAUAAUGCAUUUUAUUUAAAAAGAAGUAAAUGUCUGCAUUAUUUAUAAAUAAUGGAAGUCGAAAGUUUUAUGAGUCUCGUAUUCUGGUUCCAAAGUAGGAAUAGAGUCUCGCUUUAGUCAAAUAUUGAUAUUAUUUAUUAAUAUAUAAAUAGACAUAUAAAUAACGAUAACCAUCAAAUACCCCAUUUCUAAAAAUAGCUUUUAUAUUAUGUAAACUUUCACUUUUAUAUAGCACCCGGAAUUAAACUGGUAAGAAAAUUCUUCUUGACAAAUUCUGGAAUUAAUUGUACAGAUUUGUUUAAACAUUGAUUCAGUACCAUUUAAAAAGAAGUAAAAAGGAGCGAUUGACAAGGAUCAUAUACAAGAAAUUAUAUAUUAACUUGCGUGUGAUGGCUUCUCCUUUGGACGAAAUGACAGAUCAACCGAAAGAGGAUGAACAUUCGUUACAAAAUGAUACGACAGAACCCGAAAGUCAUAUGUCACAGAAAGGAUAUGAUGUAUUUUCAAGUGAUACAGCAGAAAACGAUCAACUUCUACCACAAACUGAACCGGACAAAGAAGCCGAAGUUGAAAAACCGACUGCAAAAAGCUUUCUCUGGAAUUACAUGUAUAACCAUGCUACCCAUGAUCGAAGUAUUGAACCACAACCAGAAAAUAAUUCAGAGUCAGAUAUUUGUAACAAAUCUUUGCGGAAUGUUAAUGAGAGCGAAGCCAGUCUGGUUACUGUUCACAACAGCAGUCAGUCAAGUAUUUCUAAGAAAUCUUUGCAAAACGAUAAUUGGAGCCAAUCCAGUUCGGUUGCUGUUCAAAACAACUUGGUACCUGAAAAAACACGACCUUAUAUGAAAUACUUUAUUGGGUUAGUAGUGGCAUUGGUAAUAGCGACGGUCAUAAUAACAAUUUCAGUUUGUAAAAAGUAUUGCCAGGAAGCGCACUUAGCGGAAGGGACUCGAGAAGGACCAGUUUGCCAAGACCUAAAUAUUGUUUUAUCAUUUUGGAACGACAAAUUGAAUAUAAGUUUUCAAGGGAAGAAUGAAAUAUCAGUCUACCAGAUUGACUAUGAAGGAAAUGGAGCCAGCAAAAAAAAAAAAGUAUUGUGUAAACAUGGAAAAGGAGCCUUUAGUAUCUCGUGUGGUGAAGAGGAAAACAAUUUAUGUGUUCCGAUCCCUGAAUUUCCAAAAGAAAAUUCAACAACAUCUUUGGCAGAUUAUAUUUACGACAUCGAUAAGCAAUGCAUACAGAAGAAAGCGGAUUUAAGAUGGGAAACAUCCCACAGAAAAAUUUCACCCAGACAUCAUCGAAAAAGGCGCAAAUGAAAUAGUUUUCGUUACAGUAUUGACUUGUGUGUGACUUUCUGCAAUAUUUGUGAUUAUAUAAUCUCUUUUCGUGAACAAUGCCAUAAUCAGAAAAUCAUAUGUAAUAGGUAUAUCAAAGAUGGCUAAUCAAAAAUAAAUUAAAUUUACACGAUCGCUAGUAGCGCUAACAGAAAUCAAUCAUAAAGGUAACUUUUUAAAUUGUUCAUGUACUCUGUAGAUCCAUUACUAAUUGAAAAUUUCAGUGUAAUAAGGUGAGGUGAAUUUUAAAUUGUACCAGUAUUCAUUGUAAAUAUUUCGAAAUAGAAAAAAAUGUCUGUAUAGGAUUUUAAAAAUAUGAGGUAUUUUCCUUUGGGCACAAAUUUUGCAUUAUACUGUGACUUGAUUACAAGUAUCCCCCAUAACCUAUUGCAGUUCCAUUAACCACAAAUUCUACCAAAUUUCCAUAGAAGAACCAUAGAUAAGUCAUAAAUGUUAGUAGUGCAAUGCGGAAAAUAGAUCAUACAAUCCUUUAAACAUAUCAAGUGUAAUUAUCAAUACGUUUUUUUUUAUAUAUGUCUUCUAUAUUAGCGAGAAACCUAAACCAAUUAAAUGUUCAGUAAUAUAUAUGUGGAGUUGUCUCAUUGGCAAUCAUACCACAUCUUCAUUUUUAUAUUGGUAUAUGUUGUCAAUAAGUUUCGAUAGGAGAUAAUCUUAUAUCAUCAAACUCUCAUUUCAUAUGAGAAAGAUUGGAGAUAGAUAAGACUGUCUUAUCUCCCUAUAAAACGUAAAAAUGUAUCAGCACUUAAAUAAUAACAGCGUUCUAUUCAAACCUAUUAGGAUUGUAAAUAUGCUUUAGUUAUAACAUUCCGCUACUAGCAUUGAUGGUUUGACUGUUGUUCUUCUACAGCAGUAUGGUGAAAGUUCUGACCAGUUUCCAAUUACAUUCAACGUUUCGAACUUCAAUAGAUGGAGAGGAACACUUAUAAUCAAGUCACUGCAAUAACAAAUUGACAAAGAGGUAAGAGGUACAGGUAAAAAUGUUUAAGCCAAAGAGUCAAAAUUGACAAGCUGCUUACUCCCUCUAGACUGAUUAGAAUAUACCCAAAAAAAAUGAAAUAAUAUUCUAUAAAGGUUUUCCAAUGAUUUGAAAUGUAUCCAUUACAUCGAAAGGCUAUUAAGUUCUGAAUAAUGUUGUAAAAGACAAUCUGAAUAACUUGAAACUUGUAAUUUGUGUAAUUUGAGUCUGUAAAAUUUUGCAUCGAGGACCUGAUCAACAUAAAUGUAUUAAUUAGUAUUUGAAGGACAAUACAUAGUUUUAUCUCCGACAGGAUUUUAAUUUUAAUUUACGAUGUCUUCAUUGAAAAAAAACAUAUUUUGAAUUUAUCAAAUUCAUCAAAAAUGUAAUUUCCAGCAAUCUGUAGAAAGAUUUGUUUCACAUGAUCAGACAUGCGUCUAAAUAUUGCGGGGAACCCAAGCUAUACAGUUGAAUCCGUGAUGCUGUGUAUUUUAAUAAAAAUUGGAAGUCUUUUGUUAAUAACACUGGUUUGAAAUUCAGCUAAGAAAAUUGGCAUUUUCUAAUCAUUUCAAGAAUCUGAAAAUUGAUCAUAACAAUAUUGAUGGAGAAAACUUUUUUUUAUGCCAAAUUGCAUUUUCUUUAUAUACGUUUAAUGAUGAUAAGUAAUAGAACUUUUAUAUUUGUUUUGAAAUUGUGAUUGCUUUAAUAGAUUGGCUUAAAUCUCAUAGCACUUCUUAUUUUAACUUCAACAAUAGCAUUGUAAUUGACAAUGCAAAUCAUUUCUGAUUACGUCAUGGAAAUUUGGUGAUUUAAAUAAAUAGUAUUUUUCUAAGGAAAACCGAGAAUGUACAAGUUGAUUGGUGAUGAAUCUGAUAGAAAAUUGCAAAACAGUUCCUUGGUUUUACAAAUUGUGAUACAACUACGUUGACUUCAUAAAAUUCAUAAAAUACCCAAACCGUUACAGAAACCAUAUUUGAUGCACCAUGGAUAAAUUCUUACACAAUGACAUGCAGUCCUCUUUUUACUCUUUAUGAAAUAAUUUUAAGAAGAAAUAAACUAUCGAUUUAUUAAUCAGAAAGUAUGUCAAAGAAUUUUUUAGCUUGCAUGUGUGAAAACCAGUUUUAUCCGACAUAUGUUCAUUAUUAGUAACAUCGUCAGGGGUUGUCUGUUGUCAUAUUCUAAUUUUGUUUUGCGGCUUCAUAUUGUGUUACCCAAUAGAUAUAGAUAACAACAAGAAUGGAUAGUUUUUGGUUAGGGGUUAUUUGUUGUUAUCAAACAAAAACUCUAAUAAUGUGAAUUGAUUUUGAUAUCAUAUGGCUAACAAUCAAACUGUAAAAUUAUCACAUUCUUAAUAUCA